CAGAAGGCUGAGGACGGCAGCGGGAAGCGGCCGGAGGGCCCGGAGGAGGCUGCGCUGCCGGGCGAGCAGACAGCACAGGCGCCGCGGGAGGCUGCGGCGCCCAGACGGCGGGCGGCCUUCCAGUUUUUGGAGCAGAAGUACGGCUAUUUCCACUGUAAAGACUGCAAGACCAGAUGGGAGAGUGCUUACGUGUGGUGCAUUUCUGGAAGCAACAAGGUGUACUUUAAGCAGCUCUGUCGCAAAUGCCAAAAGGGCUUCAAUCCCUAUCGAGUGGAAGCAAUCCAAUGCCAGACCUGUUCAAAGGCUCGUUGUUCAUGCCCUCAGAAGAAAAGACACAUUGAUCUCAAGAGGCCCCAUCGCCAAGAACUCUGUGGCCGCUGCAGAGGCAAGCGACUGUCCUGUGAUAACACGUACAGCUUCAAAUACAUUGUCUGAUCUGUGUGCCCUCUUCUGUUUUGCACUCUGUCAGUCUCUUGCAAUGUUUUGACUUUAGGCUUUUGACCUGGCAUUGGAUAAUGGAUAAAGACUUUUCUAUUAUUUAUAAAAUAUUUAACUUCAUUGUAUAUAUGCUGUGAAUAAAGCUCAAUAAAAGUUUGCACUAGUUUGUUA